GCUGCAGCUUCUUGCAACUUUUCUGAGCCGCAAAAUGUUUUGGACAAUAGUUGCUUGUUCUUUUGUUGUAUUUAUUAUAAUUUUGUAUAUACUGUCUCCUAUUAUAGCGCCAAAGGCGUUUCAGGUACAAGGUGCCCAUGUUUUGGUUACAGGAGGUUCGAGUGGGAUUGGUCUAGGUAUUGCAAAGGCAGCAGCUAAAAAGGGAGCAAAUGUAACACUAGUCGCUAGAAAUCUUGUAAGACUUACACAAGCUCGUGAAGAGGUAGAAAAAUGCUGUAAUGGCAGUAGUACUCAGAGAAUCCAGUGCUUUUCAGCAGACAUAUCUCAGAACUAUGGAGAAGUAGAACAAGUGAUAAGAAAGGCAGAGGCUCACCUAGGUCCAGUGUCCAUGCUGAUCAACAGUGCUGGGGCUGGGAUGAGUGGCAGGUUUGAUGAGAUUCCAUUAGAGGAGUUUAGAAAAACCAUGGACCUGAAUUACCAUGGCAGUGUCUAUGCCACUCGUGCUGUGAUAAAGAAUAUGAAAGAGAGGCAAAAUGGGCGUAUAGUCUACGUGUCUUCCAUGGCUGGGCAGCUUGGGCUGUAUGGAUAUACAUCUUACUCUGCCUCUAAGUUUGCACUCAGGGGGCUUGCAGAAGCUCUGCAAAUGGAGGUCAAACCAUACAACAUUUACAUAACCCUGGCCUUCCCUCCAGAUACAGACACACCUGGCUAUGCUGAGGAAAACAAAACUAAGCCAGAAGAAACAAGGUUGAUAUCAGAAGUUGCAGGGUUGUUCUGUCCAGAGAAAGUGGCAAAUAGUAUCUUAGAAGAUUCAGUU